AUGCCUCGUUCAGCAACUCAGACCGUGGAGGGUGAAGGCCGCAGUCCUCCUCCCUCAAAUCAUCUUCCAUACUGGGACAUCCUAGAUUCCGACAUCAAAGAGAACACAGAGGGUCCUUUCAAAUGGAAAGUCUCGUCCUUCCACGUCGCCCCGGGCUUCCAGACCCGACCAGCGGCCUCACCUUGGCGUCUCUUACUCGUGUCAAUGUUGAUUGACCCGCAUCAGGAAAAGACCGACGGCACUUUACAAUCGUGGGACGACGAGGAGGAUCAUCUAGUGCCAGAACCGUUAACACGGCAGCCUCUGAACAGUCCCACAAACAAGGCUAACCAGAAAUGGGUCCGCCGAACUGUGUUCGCAGACGUAGCACCCCAAAAGUCUGACGGCAUGUUUUGCGUUGGCAAUCCCGAAUGCGUUGGUAGUUGGCUUAUAGCUGCCUACGUAUGGGGAGAGAGCCAAGAGUGGGUAGACAGCGUCGAUAUCAGACGCCUGGCAGCCUUCUCCCCAAUCAUACGCCACGAUGUUCACCACCGGGUCGAAGAAAAGGGCCCAGAUAACCUCAUUCUUCAUCACUGGGACCUGGUCUACCAGAAGAAGGUAUCCAAAGAUGGCAAGUCGCGUGAUGUUGUCGAUGAGCCAGUUGAUGACGAAGAUUACGGGGCCUUUACGACGGCGACAUUGACGGGAAACCUUGCAUCAAUAAACCAAAACCUCAGGCAGUUGAGGAUGAAUGAAUCCCAGGUUCUUAAUGAGAAGCGACAGCGGCCGGGGUCGUGUCCGUGUGCGAGAGACUCGUCAUAUGUGAUAGUUGACGAGGCUCCUGUCAAUGAGUCUUCUGAGGAUAAGUCCAUCGCUCCGACAGCCGAUGAAGUUCACAUGAAAGAGUUUUUUGAAGACGAGGCCGUCGUGGUUGAGAAGCUUGAAAGCCAGCCUAAGGCUAGAGGUGGAACCUGUACAGUAAUGUAG